AUGGCUCGCUUCACCUUUGCAGCUGCAGUUGUGCUCGCAUCUGUCGCCGUUGUCGCUGCACAAGACAGCAGCGACCUCGGCCCUCUUACCACCAACAAUGCGGUGACCAAUUGCGUCCAAUUCGGUGAUUGCACGGCUGGAGGACAGGGAUCAACUCUGAGUUUCGCACCGGGAAUUCAAACGCCCGCCCCAUCGACCGCUUUCGCUGCACCCACCGAUUCUGCCCAAUCCAUCGCCUCCGUCUCUGAGCUGGCCGCUUCGGGAGCCGCAGCAGCGUUCUCUUCGCGACUACCUGGUCAGAACAGCGAUGCUCGUGGAGCCACCUCAGUCUACACCGGUACCAUCGCCGUUGCUGGAUCCGCUCCCUCCUCAGUUCGCGCUUCAGGCACAAACAGCCCUGACGGCGCCGUCUCCAACAUUCAUGUCUCUGGUUUCUGGGCUCCCGCUGCUGCCGCCGUCGCUGCGGUCGCUCUCGGCGCCGCUGUCGUGCUGUGA